UUGCUAACUUCCGGCAACUACUGCGAGGAUCGGGGAUCCGCCAUUGCUGUAAAAAAAAAAAAAAUGUUCAUUGGAGUGAACGGAAAUGACGCGACUGUGACUUACUCGAGGGCUCUGGUACUAGUCAACUGGAGCCGCUUAUGUUGCGCUGCAACCGUCGACAGUUUGGGGCGAUAGGAGGAGAGUGGACUGUUUGUUUUCAUUACAAACCGGCAAACGGGGGCUGUUACUUGUUCGGCUUUGAACAAACUCUCGUUUGUGCGUGCCCGUGGGAGAAUUAAGUGUUUUCAUGUUGUGCAAUUCCCAGUGUUUGCGCGAAGACUUCCAACUGGCGAAUCGCAUCAGUUCGCCCGGAGGGUCAUCGUCAGCGACGACACCCUCUGCUCCGUCAGCGUCGACCGUUUAGAAAAUGACCGGAGAGAAGAUCCGCUCCCUGCGCAAGGACCACAGGCCGAGCAAGGACGAGGACUUAUUGGAGCCGGACGAAGAGGCUGCAACCGGGACGUUCACAGCCUCCAGGACGAACAACAAGAGCAGAGCGAGUAAAAUUUUCAGCAACCACAAGUUAAUCAAGUCUUCAUCCACACAACAGCAUCAGCAGCAAGAGCAGAACCAACAGUCGCAGAUUAAUGCUAACACCAACACACUGUCAACAUCCGAUGUUGUCGAUGACAACAACAAAAACCCCAUUAUUCGAACUGGGCAGGACUUUCCGGUGCACGAAUGUGUAUUUAAAGGAGAUGUCCGACGACUGUCUUCGCUCAUACGGACGCAGAAUAUCGCCCAAAAAGACGUCCAUGGAAACACACCGUUGCAUCUCGCUGUCAUGAUGGGACAUAAAGAGUGUGCCCAUCUGCUGCUGGCCCACAAUGCACCAGUGAAGGUGAAGAACGCUCAGGGAUGGAGCCCCCUUGCCGAGGCCAUUAGCUACGGAGACCGACAGAUGAUUACAGCGCUGCUGAGGAAACUGAAGCAACAGUCCAGGGAGAGCGUGGAGGACAAAAGGCCCAAACUGCUGAAAGCCCUCAAAGAGCUUGGAGACUUUUAUUUGGAGCUUCACUGGGACUUCCAAAGUUGGGUGCCUUUGCUCUCCAGAAUCCUGCCUUCAGAUGCCUGCAAGAUCUACAAACAAGGCAUCAACAUCAGAUUGGAUACAACACUGAUAGACUUCACUGACAUGAAAUGCCAACGUGGUGACCUCAGUUUCAUCUUCAAUGGCAGUGCUGUUCCCUCCGAGUCUUUUGUUGUGCUGGAUAAUGAACAGAAAGUCUACCAGCGGAUACACCAUGAGGAGUCAGAGAUGGAGACAGAAGAAGAAGUGGACAUUCUGAUGAGCAGCGACGUAUACUCCGCCACACUAUCCACCAAGUCCAUCACGUUCUCCAGGGCGCAGACUGGUUGGCUGUUCAGAGAAGACAAGACCGAGCGCGUGGGAAACUUUCUGGCGGAUUUCUACUCUGUGAACGGCCUGGUGCUCGAGUCCAGGAAGAGGAGAGAGCAUCUGAGCGAGGAGGACAUCUUGAGGAACAAAGCCAUCAUGGAGAGUCUGAGCAAAGGAGGGAACCUCAUAGAGCAGAACUUUGAGCCGGCAAGAAGGCAAUCUCUUACUCCCCCUUUACCCAACACUAUAUCCUGGGAAGAAUACAUAACUGCUGACAAUGGAAAAGCUCCUCAUCUAGGAAGAGAGCUGGUGUGCAAAGAGAGCAAGAAAAACUUCAAAGCCACGAUAGCCAUGAGUCAAGACUUCCCUCUGAGCAUCGAAUCGUUACUGAAUGUUCUGGAGGUGAUUGCACCCUUCAAGCACUUUAAUAAACUCAGGGAGUUUGUUCAGAUGAAGCUCCCCCCUGGCUUUCCUGUCAAGCUUGACAUCCCCGUGUUUCCAACGAUCACAGCUACGGUGACAUUUCAGGAGUUUCGCUACGAUGAGUUUGAGGACUCAAUUUUUACCAUUCCCAACGAUUAUAAAGAAGACCCUAGCCGCUUCCCUGACCUUUAACCUCGCGCACUGGACAUUGAACAGCAAACAAGCAACGUUAUGCUACAGAGGGUACUUUUUGAAUUACAAAAAUCAUGAGGCAAAAAAAGGAAAAAAAAAAAAGUUUUGUGACAAUUUAUGAAUCCCCUCAUCCACCCCGACUCUGAAUACAGAACAGCAACAAAACAGCCCAACACGCAGAAAGCAAAAAAGAGGCGACGGGCUGGUCGACAUGUCUUUGUGUCGCAGGUUUGAUGUAACGCAAUAUCCGAGGCAGGAAGUACAGGUAACUGAGAAUUUAAUCAUCUCACCACUGAAAGGGCAUUGAAGUUAAUAUGAGAAACAGAGUACGUGAAUUGUCUGUAUAUUAGGUAUGAGUAGGAAAAAGAGCCGUUCAGCUGAUGCUUUGUAUUUAAGUAUGUAAGUAACGUUCAUAAAGGGACUGUUUUAAACUGACCUGUAGUAAAGCACUGAGAUAACUGUGUGAGACGCUGGAGAGGAAUUCCACUCGAAAUCGAUUUUGAGAUGCUUUUUCUUCUUACUCAAACAAAUUAGAUU